AUGCGAACAACGCUCCAGCGAGGUGUCCGGACUCUUUCCUGGACUAGAGUCGUCCCUCGCGUGCACCGUCAGACAAGAUGCGUUCAGAUUCGCGCAACACCCUCCGAGGAGCCCGCCAACGGCGCCAACCUACCCCUCGCAAACACGCCUAGUUACGUUGAAUCCCGUGAUGCGCGAUUCGAUGUCGUUGGUGCCCCGUACUCCCUUCUUUCCGUCUCGCUUUCGGCCUCGCAAAACCUAUACACGCGCCGAGGAACCUUGGUUGGAUUGAGCGGAAAGGCCGAUAAUGUGGUUUCAACAUUGAGCGUCCUCGAGCCCUUCCGAAGGGCGGUUGUUGGAGUGCCUUUUCUCUAUCAGAAGGUCUCCUCGGCAAGCCCCGUCACAGCCCUCAUCUCAGUUCGAUCUCCCACUACUUCUUUCGCCGUGGUGAAUCUCAAUGGAUCUGUGGACUGGAUGGUUGCUCAGCGUCGCGCUUUGCUGGCAUGGACCGGCCGGUCUCUGUCUAUCAAGCCCACUAUUAACACUGGCCUGAGCAUUUCUCACUGGGGAAGUUCCGAGGUGACCGGAAGAGGGUUAAUAGCUCUAGUUGGAAACGGCCAGGUCUACUCCGUCGAAUUGAAAGAUGGAGAGCAGUAUAUUGCUCACCCCAGCAACAUAGUCGCCUACACCAUGUCCUCCAACCCCCCUCGCCCUUACCGCUUUAAAUCCACGACUCUGAGCUUCCAGGUUCCGGGCCUGAAGACACUGCCGAGGCUACUGCAGAACAACAAGUACAUCCAGAAUGUCUCUAGUUCAGAAGCAUGGAAGCGGACUAUGCGCUUCUUCCACAAGCUGCGGACUUGGUCUCGGGUGACUAUCUGGGGAGAUAGACUCUUCAUGCAAUUCGACGGUCCGGCAACCAUUCUUGUGCAGUCGCGCGGGCCCCGCUUGAACGACGUGCUGUCAGGCCGCGAGGUGAAUGAGAUCGCCGACACUCCUCGCGGCGUCACCUCCCUCCCCGGUCAGCUGAAGGCUGAGCAAGGAAAGGAAUCCAACAAUACCAUUCAAGAGCCUGAGAUCUCUCGCUCGUUUGAGAGCAUCGUCCGGGAGGUGAACGGAAUCAGCCAAAGCGUGGCUAAGAUCCGCAAGGACGGCAAAGUAGAAUUCGAGGAAGUGGGCAAGACGAAAGAGCUAUGA